UGGAUUUUCGUCAUAUAAAUGGUUGAGAGCGAAAUUGGUAAUUCUUUCUGGUCGAUUAGUUUUAUGUUCAUAGGGCAAACUUUUAUGCAUGAUUUUUACCUUCUCACGUUUACUUUCUAUUAACUGCCCUGAAGGCUGCUCGCUUUGGCGGCCACCUGUCCCCACACGUCCCCCACAACCCCAUACUGACCCACAUGCCUUUAAACAACGCGUCUGUAACAAAGUUAUUUACACUCCACCAACUUCAAGUUGCCAUACUGCUUUCAUUAAAAGAACGCGUAUAUGGGAGUACUGGAGGCGGAAUUGAUUAGUAGUUAAUUGUUAGAACUCCUGGAGAUGUCAAUUUCAUCGUCUUUACAGUCACCUGUAAUUGAAGAUAGAAAAAGACGCCUUAACGAACCCAGCACUCAGUUUGGAAAAAAGUUUCGAGAUGCCAAUGGAACGUCAAAAACCACUUUUGUCGAAGAAUUAGAGCACAAGGCUCAUGAAGUGGAGAAAGGUUCGCGAAAUGAUGGCGCUAAGGACCAAUGCUGGCCUCGUCCCCCUUUAAAAACGAUUAAUCCGGACAUUGACGACAUCUACUUUCAACAAAUUGACUGUGAAGAAAAUGUUGACGAACAGGUUCCAACAAUUCGAAUGUUUGGCGUUACAGAAGCUGGAAAUAGUGUCCUGACUCAUGUCACAGGGUUUCUGCCUUACUUCUUUGUAAAGGCGCCUCCAGGUUUCCAGCCGUCUAUGUUAAACGACUUUGCGAAAACCUUAGAUCGGGCAUGCAACGGAGGUGUCGUCUCAAGAUGUGAAAUUAAAAUGAAGGAAAAUCUCUAUGGGUUUCAGGGCAAUGAGAAGUCUCCAUUCAUUCAGAUCUAUAUAUCUGACCCAAAACUAGUAACUCGCUGCCGUAAUGUAUUUGAGAGAAACGAGCUUUCAUUUAACGAUAUGUUUCCCACCUCGGUAAUGACUUAUGAAAGCAACCUGCAAUAUCUCAUGCGUUUUAUGAUUGAUUGCAAUGUCGUAGGAAUGAACUGGAUUCGUCUUCCAGCUAAAAAGUAUUUGUUGCGACAACAAAACAAGAUUUCUGACUGUCAAAUUGAGGUGUGGAUUGAUUAUCGCGAUCUGGAAAGUCUUUCAGCAGACGAUAAAUGGUCUAAAAUGGCUCCGCUUCGUAUUCUGAGUUUCGAUAUUGAGUGUGCAGGUCGCAAAGGUGUCUUUCCUGAGGCUUCUAUUGAUCCGGUAAUUCAGAUUGCCAGUAUUGUCACACAAUAUGGUGACAAUUCUCCUUUUGUUAGAAACGUGUUCUGCAUAGGAACUUGUUCACAAAUUGUCGGCACACAAGUUUUCGAGUUUGAAGAUCAACGAGAAAUGUUGGCAGCAUGGGCAAAAUUCAUCCGUGAAGUUGACCCAGAUGUUAUGAUUGGCUAUAACAUUUGCAAUUUUGACUUUCCUUACUUGAUAGAACGAGCAAAAGUGUUGAAUGUUCCCAGUUUUAACUAUCUUGGUCGUUUGACGAAUUUCCGUUCAGAAGUGAAGGAAACGUCUUUUUCGAGCAAAGCCUAUGGUACUCGUGACAGCAAAGUCACUGUCAUACCUGGUCGUUUGCAAUUGGAUAUGUUGCAAGUAAUGCAGCGUGACUACAAGCUUCGUUCUUAUUCGUUAAAUGCUGUUUCGGCUCAAUUUCUUAAAGAACAAAAGGAAGAUGUUCACUAUUCCAUUAUUACAGAUCUACAAAACGGUACACCCGACUCGCGCCGGCGUCUUGCUAUCUAUUGUCUGAAGGACGCAUUCUUGCCGCAGCGACUAAUGGACAAGCUCAUGUGCUUCGUCAACUACACCGAAAUGGCAAGAGUAACCGGUGUUCCUUUUAACUUUUUGCUGUCGAGAGGCCAGCAAGUAAAAGUUGUUUCUCAACUGUAUCGUAAGGCACUGAGUCACGACCUUGUCAUUCCUAAUAUCCGGGUUAAUGGUACCGAUGAACAAUAUGAAGGUGCAACCGUCAUUGAACCCGUUAAAGGUUAUUACGAUACCCCUAUCGCAACACUUGAUUUCAGUUCUCUUUACCCGUCAAUUAUGAUGGCACAUAAUCUAUGUUACACGACUCUUACAGACCCCGAAACGAUGUCCCGCUUAAAUAUGAAACAAGAUGAGGACUAUAUCAUUACACCUAAUGGGGAUUAUUUUGUAAGGUCUAACAUCCGUAAGGGUUUGCUUCCACUUAUUUUUGAAGAUUUGUUGGGUGCUCGUAAACGUGCCAAGGCGGAUUUAAAAAAGGAAACUGAUCCAUUUAAAAAGGCUGUUCUAGAUGGUCGACAGUUGGCAUUAAAAGUCAGCGCGAACUCCGUUUAUGGUUUUACGGGUGCUACGAAUGGACGGCUGCCAUGUUUAGCCAUUUCUUCAUCUGUCACAUCUUAUGGUCGACAAAUGAUUGAAAAAACAAAAUCGGUCGUGGAGCAAACAUAUACAAUAAAGAAUGGUUACUCUCACGAUGCCAAAGUUAUCUAUGGUGAUACUGAUUCUGUAAUGGUUAAGUUCGGAAAGAAAGACUUAACAGAAGUUAUGAAACUGGGACAAGAGGCUGCUGAUUUUGUUUCUGAUCAAUUUUUGAAUCCAAUCAAGUUGGAAUUUGAAAAGGUCUAUUUUCCUUAUUUGCUAAUUUCAAAAAAACGUUAUGCCGGUUUAUUUUGGACUCGACCUGAGAAGUAUGACAAGCUUGAUUCUAAGGGUAUUGAAACCGUCCGCCGUGACAAUUGUCCCCUUGUUUCCUAUGUGAUUGAUACUGCAUUGAGAAAAAUGUUAAUUGAUCAAGAUGUUGAAGGUGCCCAGUCAUUUACGAAAAAAAUUAUUUCUGAUCUUUUGCAGAACAAAAUUGAUAUGUCCCAACUCGUCAUCACGAAAGCUUUAACAAAAACCGACUAUGCCGCAAAACAAGCACAUGUUGAAUUAGCUGAACGUAUGCGCAAACGUGAUGCUGGUUCUGCUCCUGCUCUGGGAGAUCGUGUUGCUUAUGUAAUUAUUAAGGGCGCACAAGGCGACCAAUUUUACAUGCGCUCUGAAGACCCUAUGUACGUACUGGAAAACAACAUUCCAAUUGAUGCCAAGUAUUAUUUAGAGAACCAACUCGCAAAACCCCUUCUUCGAAUUUUUGAACCGAUUCUCGGUGAAAAAGCUAAUUCACUCCUGCAUGGUGACCAUACGAGAACUAUUUCUAUGGCUACUCCCAGUUUGGGUGGUAUCAUGAAGUUUGCUGUGAAAACCGAAACUUGUAUCGGUUGCAAAGUACCUAUUCGUAAGGGAAAGGCUGCAUUGUGUGAUGAUUGUCGUGACCGUUCUGCCGAGUUCUAUCAAAGGCAAGUAGGUCUCGUCAACGACUUGGAGGUUCGCUUUGCUCGCCUGUGGACAGAGUGUCAACGUUGCCAGGGCAGUUUGCACCAAGACGUUAUUUGUACCAGUCGUGAUUGUCCCAUCUUUUAUAUGCGUAUGGCUGAACAUAAAAAAUUGAAUCAAGCUAUUUCAUUAUUAAAACGUUUUGAUGAAAUGUCUUGGUGAUUGACGAACUUCAAAGCUCACAUCCAGAAGGCACAGCCAUAGUGAAUGAGCAUUGUUUCAAUGACACUUUUCUGAUACGAUAAGUUUUUGUAUCACAUCUAUUCGCAUAAUUCAUGAUCAUUUUCCUUUUUUGUAAAAAGUAUGCUACAAAAGUAGCCUCGUUGUACCGGAAUGCGUGUCUUAAUAUAGGGCAUCUAUUCCAAAAGUAAUGAAGUGGUAUUUCUAUGUUCAACUUGCAAGUGAGCUGUUGGAUGGACUCUUUUUCGAAACCAAAAUAAUCGUUCUUGAUGGCAAGAUUCAGCAACUUGUUGAAGUCUGCAUACGAAGGAGGGUAAGGCCGGUUUACAAAAGGAUGAACAACUCGGGCGAAAAGCCUGAUACCAUUACAGGGAGAUUGUUUUCUUUGCUCAUGAAACCGAAGGCUAGUUCUUUUAAAAAUGGUGAAUGAAGAACAUGGACCAAAGUCAUGAGAGUCAGUGGCUUUAUUCAAUUCAGUCUUGUCGCCAAACAGUUCGUAAGCAAAUCCAACGCCUGUAAAGUCGCAGGUAUAAUUGGAAUAUUGUUCGCAUAAUUGGUGUGCCCACUUCUGAAAUUCUGAACGUGUCCAUUCAAAGAGAUGAUCAUCAUGCCUGAAGCCAUUCCUCCGCGAACGAGUACCGUUCACUGUUUUCGGGGAGAUCAUACGCAGAAGUGGAUUAAACUCGCUGUUUGGUGUGGAUACGAUGAAAAACCUGGGUUGGAUAACAUUGAAUACGAGCUCUUCCAUGGAGUGUAUCUCUUCGGGGGAAAGAUGUUCAAUAAAUUCAGAAGCCACAACAGCAUCAACAUAACGAAAUGAAUGCAGCUGUUUGAUGUCUCCUUGAUACAGCUCAGCAGUUAAAGGGCGCCAGCGAAGGCGCUCUUUAUCGUUAAUCGCAAUACCUUGCUCAGCACUGUUUAAAACGCCUUCAUUAAUAUCGAAUCCGGCAAGAUACUCAAUAGGCACCUUGUCAUUGCAAGUUACCAAGUAUGAUAGUAAUUGGCCUUGCGAACAGCCGAUAUCCAGUAACGACUUUAUAUCUGUAGCUUCUUCCAAAAUCUCAUAGAUCUUUUUUCGCCGUUGAAGAUGAAGAGGUGGAAAAAACCCAUGAUAAUGCAUCACAAAUUUUUAAUAAUAAACGCACAGAUUCUUCAGUGCAGAGUUAUAAGAUA